AUGCCCAACCAUGCUCGCCCCCCGACACUGCUCAGCUUGCCGCCAGAGAUUCGAAGGCUCGUAUUUCUCUACUAUUUCCGAUCCAUCACGAUAUUCCGGAGGCUGCACAGAGGCCAAGAUGAAUCAGACCGGGAACCGCAUCUAGGAAUCUUGCUAGUCUGUCGCCAAAUCUACCAUGAGGCCGCGCAACUCUUGCUCCCAAAUGCGCGUGUCUUCUGCAACUCAAACGCGGAUUUAAUUGAUACUCUGAUGAGCAUGAGUCCCGCACAAAUAAGGCAGCUUCGGUACAUGUUAAUUCAUCAUUGCCCUGUGGGACUCAACUUAUUUCCGGACACUGGAAAGUCACAGCCCAACGCUUUGGGUGAAAGUUCUCAGAUGAAGGGUCGUGAUUUGAAUGAGGUCAAUUCUAGCAAUGCAUCCGAUGCCGUGGACGAUGAGAGUGAGGCCGAGGACCAGGACGAUGAUGACGAGAAGGUCCGGUACUUCCAUCUUGGUGCCAUUCUCGGCCUAUUCCCGGGCCUGCAGCUUGACCUCCUUGAAGUCUUCUGUGGGGUGGGCGGAGGGCCCUACACGGGCUUUCAAACCACAGACUGCUUCGGGUCCGUACUUGAAGCUGAUGGCUACCGGCGGCUCUGGAUGUGUGCAACCACUGGCGACGGAAGCGCGUGGCUUGACAUACCUUCCACCUGGCGGUGGAAGGAGAUUAUCACGGCCAAGUUCAAACCAUAUAACGGGUGGAGAGUCCGCAUCAGGCUGCCGAGUUAUGAAUGGAGCGGGUUUGCAUCAUCUGAUAGUGAUGAUAACAGUUUCUGGGCCCGAGCUCGGGAUGCGGGAUUCACGAUAGUUGAAAAUGAGGACGAUUCAGACGACGAUGACGCAGAAUAUGAGGGCGGUUACGGGAGCGCAGAUGUAGCGGACAUUGUUGUGGAGAGGGGCGAUGCGGAUUUUGCUGUCAAGACGGACGAUGGGCGAGUGAUGAGAUGCAUUGCGCGAGAAGAUAAUACAGAGGAGAGCGACAUGUUCUACACGAGUGUUUGGAACGCUGCGAAGAAGCUUUUCAAGGAACAUAGCUGGGAGAGUAUUCAGGCCAUGGAAGGGUUUGACGAUGGUUCUCUUGACUCCUGGAAUGAAGGGGAUGCUGUCUAUGCGAUGAGGUUUUGA